AAGGAGAAUAAAAAACUCGGUGGUAAUAUUAUAUUGGCAAUUGGGGAUGCUGAUGAGAGAGAAAGAGGGAGACUGGCGAGGGAUGGAUAAUAUUAUAAGGGCAGAGAAAGAACGGGGAAAAGCUUCGUGUCCUUUGGAUUGAGGCCUUGGGAUCGGUCUGUCUCUGGAUUGUGGGGGAUUCCGAUUUUUCUCAGCCGAUCAGCCGCGAAUUCGUGCUCUCCCCGAGGUGCGCGCGGGCAUCUACCGCCGCCGCCGCCGAGCUUUGCCCUAUCCCUAUUUCUUUUUCCCUAUCGCACUAUCGUUCUCAGACCAUCUCAGCUUUCUUCUUCUGUCUCCCUCUUUGUCCGUGUCCAUCGUUCGAUCUAGUUCGUCUCCCUGGCUGAUUUCAGCAUGAGAACUUUGGAAAUCGGAUCGAUUGGUUUGGGCGAGAGUUUAGUGCAAGUGGAAUCGGUCGUACUAUAAUAGUAUUAAGCUUUCCAUGUUAAAGUUUGUUGAGGUUCAGAUGAGGACACCAGUAUCCAAUUUGCAGUCAAGAUAUUGCAACAAUUCUUAAUAUUGUAAUUUGUGAGGAUUGAACCAUUGGUAGUUGUUUUCAAGGGAGAAAGAUAAUGCCUACUUUCUAUUCAGACUCUGAUGAUCAAAAUGGAACUGCUUCAAAUCAUUGCCCAAAUGCACCAGGGAAUGCUCCGUAUACUGACUCAUCACUUCCUGGCACCAUGGCAUACCUUAGCUUCCCGUAUUCUUCGGUUACAAAUGCAUUAACCGGCAUUACCCAAACCCCACAAAAUCAUCUCGAGUUUCCUGUUGCCUCCGCCAUCUUUUCUCAAAGUGUUACUGGGGGAAAUUCUGAUAUUCUCACAUCCCGUCUUGGCGAUCAUGGUUAUAAUUAUUGGAAAGAUGAAAGAAAUGAGAUGUUAUUUAUGCAGCCAAUUGAUGGUUCGAUCAAUGGUUCCAACAAUCUACUUAGUGCUGAUGAUCCUCAGAUGAGUCUGCGGGCACAAUUGGGCAUCAUAAAUGGACAGAGCUUAUCUUUGCAGCAGUCAAGUGUACCCAUGAUGCAAAAUCAAGGAUUGUCUCUCAGCCUUAGCACCCAAAUGCCAGUUCCUUCAAUUCAGUACCAAACUGCUUGUUCAGAUCUCUCUUUUAUUGGCACUCAUCAGUCAGCUUCGGGAGAUGUCGGUCCUUUAAGGGAGGAAACCUUUGAAGACAAAAAUAUGCAUAGUAAUGUCUUGUCAUUUGGGCAUUCAAAUAUCACAACCUUGAUCCCAAAUUCAAAGUAUCUCAAGGCAGCACAUGAAUUACUGAAUGAAGUUGUUAAUGUGGAGAAGGCUUUGAAGAAAAAAACAGAUAAAUUCCAAGGUAUCCAUAUUUCAAUUGCCACCACAGAUAAGGAUGGUAGCGGGAUAUCGAAGACUGAAGCAAAGACUUCAAACCAAAAAGAGACUGCUGGUUGUUCUGGUGAGCUGUCGCCUUCUGAAAAGCAGGACCUUCAGUGCAAAGUCACAAAGCUAUUGGAGAUGUUGGAUGAGGUUGAUAGACGUUAUAAACAUUAUUACCAUCAGAUGCAGAUAAUAGUAUCAUAUUUUGACACAAUAGCAGGUUGUGGGACGGCCAAACCAUACACUUCACUUGCCCUUCAAACAAUAUCUUGUCAUUUUCGCUGCUUGAGAGAUGCCAUCAGUGGCCAAAUUCAAGUUGCAAGAAAAAGCCUUGGCGAACCAGAUAACUCAAGUAGCAUGAGUGGUGGUUUAUCUCGCCUUCGACACAUAGAUCAGCAGUUAAGGCAACAGAGAGCCAUGCAGCAAUUUGGAGUGAUGCAACCCAAUGCCUGGAGGCCACAGAGGGGUUUGCCUGAGUCAUCUGUCUCAAUUCUUCGUGCUUGGUUGUUUGAGCACUUCCUUCAUCCUUACCCAAAGGAUUCUGAGAAGCUAAUGCUUGCGCGACAGACAGGUUUGUCCAGAAGUCAGGUUGCAAACUGGUUCAUAAAUGCUCGUGUUCGCCUUUGGAAGCCUAUGAUUGAAGACAUGCACAAAGAAGAGUUUGGUGACAUUGAGAUCGACUCAAACUCUUCUUCAGAAAAUCCAACAAAAGCAAAGGAGGACAUUCAAUCCUCUGGGGACCAUGAAGAGCCAAAAAAUGCAAAUGCUAAUAGAUGCCAAACAAGCCAGAUAGGUGAUUCAAAGCCCUGUCUCAUUCCAGUGACCGAGACAGCUACUGCUUUUCAGAAUGAAUCAACUACACAAGUCUCUAACAUGAAUAUAAAGAACAGUGAACAAAGGUCCAUUGGAGGAGAUUCCAGCUUUUUACAAGAUGCUACUGCCAACGCAGAUCAAAGCGGGAGGUUUUUCACGUAUCAGAUGGGCGAGUUAGGUCAGUAUGGAAACAGUGGGGUGUCACUUACACUCGGGCUGCAGCAGUGCGAUGUAGGCCUUCCUAUAUCAGACAAUCAUCAGAGCUUUCUUGCAUUGAGAGGGAACGAUGUUUAUGGCACUGCCCUCCACCUCGGUUAGAUACAGAUGCCUUUGAUUAUUCAAAUGUCGGGGACCGACCACAGAUUUGGAUCAACAAAUCUACUACAUGAUUUCAUCUCGUAGAUAGAUUUACAUUGGCUAUGAUUGCUAUUUGAAACACUGAACCAGAAUAAUUAGAUGCUUUCAGGCAUUGUUUUCGAGCUUUUAUAGGGGACAGUGAGCGCAGUCAUGGUAUAUAAUGUAACAUAAAGAGGUGGCUAUUUGGUGGAAUUAUAGGGUAGUUUGUUAUAAAGAUAUCAGCAUAUUUUUGUGUAAUCUAAAGGGCAAAACAUGUAAAGUGUUGUAUAUUAGUUGAAUCAUGGAUGUCACCCAAGGCCAUUGACACUGUUCUUGUGUAAUGGAAUUAUUGUCCUUUAAAUUAAUAAAAUCACUGGGAUUGUAUAAUCCAACACCA